AUGACAGAACUGCGUAACACCAUCUACGAGCACUUCAUCGACCUCAAACCAUGGCCAUGUUGCGCCAAUGCCCCAAAUCUACUCUGGAUUAAUCAGCAAAUUCGCGCCGAGUUCGGAUCGUUAUACUUGAGUCAAGACAAUACCACAGUCUCUUUCUACCACCUCGCCGACUUUCUACGCCUCUUCGUCCUUCCCCCAGCAAACCUCUUUACGAAGGACGUUGCUUACAAGGUCACCGUAGAGCUCUGCUACUGUGACACUCCAUGGGACAGUUGGGUGCUCGACCUGGUUGAAGUCGUCUCGAUCAUGCGCCAAUAUCCAUUGGUUGACAUCGUGUGGGCCAUGCCACCCUUUUGCUGGCCUCCUUGGUUCGAUCACUUUGAUGUGGCUCGGCCCGUGUCUAUUAUGAGAAGUAUGGAAGAUCAGGAGUUCGAGCUGUUAACGUCCGGUGACCUUAUUGUGCGAGAUAGGCCUUAUGGCAUGAGCCUGGACUUUGAAUUGGAGGAUCGCUGUACCGAACAAGAUUAUGCCCAUAUUCAAUUCAAGCUUGGAGGGCUCAAGGGCGAGUGUGGAGAACUGCGCAAUACCGUCUACAAGUACCUCCUCGACCUCGAGCCAUCUCUCGACCAGAGUAUCCAGUUCCUCCAAGUCAAUCGGCAGAUUCGCUCCGAAUUUGGGUCACUAUAUCUGAGCCAGGGCAACGCUAUAGUACCUCUUGACUGCCUCAUGCCCUUCCUGCGAGACACCUUCCAGCCUAUCGCUAGCCAGAGACCAAAGGACUUCACUUGCAGCUUCCGUGUAAAGCUCGACUGGAAUGAUAUCUGUUGGCACAGGAGCUUCUGGGACCUCGAUCUCUUUGAAACUGUCGCAUUCAUGCGUGGAUAUCCUUUACUCAACAUUGAGUGGGACCUGAACCCUUUCAACCGCUGUAGUUACUCUAAUCACUCCAACCGCCCUGCCCACUCCGGCCGCGGCGACCGCUCCGACGUACCUGAAGAAGAAGAAGCAGGAACCGAAAUCGACGACGAAGACGACGACCAAGACCAAGACGAACCUGAUGAGGCAGGAUCUGAGGAAUCACAACCUGAGGAGUCAGAAUCGGAGGAAGCAGACUCUGAGGAAGAAGAGAUAGCAAUUCCGCCUCAUUCCGCUCGAGUCACUUUCAGUGUUGACGACAUAGACAUCGACGCACCCCUGUCAAUACUCAGAAACCUGGAGGAUGAGCUGUACGCGAAGUUGGCUGCUAUUGAUCUGUCUUUAUCUGUCAGGCCACCUUUAGAUGAGAGGUUCAGUGCCGGUCUAGUAGCCUAUCUUGACAUCGCUCUGAUGGCGAACUGUACGGAACAAGACUUCGAAGACGUUGGGCUUGAUGUUGAAUGCGGAGGCAUCAAAGUGCGUUUUCAUAUAGCGCAUGAGCCAGAAAGCGAAUACAAUGUCUCCGGGAGUGAGGAAGACGAAUAG